AUGGCUCAUAACAGCACAACCAAGCGCAGACCCUAUACUGUAGAGGUCAAUACCUCUUUUACCCCACCUUUUUUAGGCGAUAGGAUUCCAGUAACUGCCAAACCCGCACAUGAGGGCGAGUCAUCUUUUGCACAUUGCCAUACAUCGACUCCCACGUCUUCCCCUGCACCACAUCCUACAGGCUUUAUACACUUCAGCAGUGCUUAUCCAAUAUCAUCUCAUCAUAAUCUGGAUACCCCUACUAGUGGUGAACGCAGUUCUCGACCUGCCAGUAUGAUGACGUCCACAAGUCGCCGUUCAUUGUACCAAAAAUAUACAGGACCACCACUCCCGCACACUGGUUCCGAUACCCACCUUUCUUCUCCAACUGGUACGCUUGUCGCACCGCCAAACAAUGGUUAUCCUGGCUCGCCAGUUCUGACACCCGGACACCCGUUUGUCUAUCCUGUAUCGGUGAAAAAUAUACGUAGGUACGGGAAGAAAGAAAUAAUAGAUCCUAAACACUCGUCGCAUGAGAUCCCUGAGCUGAAAUUGAAUUACCCCGCACACGAUGAGACACUUCCUGAUGGGUGGGUCAAACCAUUCCAUCCUGAAGGUGCAUAUUAUUUUAUGCAUAAAGCAAAGAGGAUUUUCACUCAUGUGGAUAUUCAUGAGAAGGAAGACAAGGACAAUGUGAUGGAAGUCGCCAAUUAUUUGUGGAAUGACCUCCGAGAGUUAAAUUCUGCUCGUUUUCCGGGUCUAGACCUCAGCGAAGUAGAGCUUGUAGUUGAACUUGAGUUUGACGAGGGUGAGGACGCAGUUGUGGGUCGCUAUUACUUCGUUAGCCCACAGCAUCGAUGUGUAUUGUGGCUGACCGAAUAUAACGGAAACCCCUUUCUUAACAAGUGCAAAGGGGUUCAUUUACUCUCCCACAAAAUGAAUGCUCAAUACUGGCAUCAUUUGGAGUUAUUCCCAAAUCUGUGUCGCCUAACUCAAGGCAUGAUCACUGAGCUGAAAUAUAUGUUACUUCAAGCACAUUGCGACCACAUCACAUCCCACAGUUCCGCAGCUCCCUCUAACGCUCAGACAUUGACAGAGCUCUCCUCAAUUGUGAGGGACCUGAGACCAAGCAAAAACAAAAAGGAUACGAUAAAUUCCGUCUGGAUAGUGGGACGGAUCAUGGGUAUAUUUGCGCACAACCAAUUCAUCAACUUUCAUGGUCAAAAAGGUGCUCGUCUGGAACUACAUCAUUUGGUGCACGGCGAGAGCCCUACUCGAUCGACUAUGAUGUUCUUUCUUUCGCAUGUAUUCUUCGGUACUCCAAUAACGUACGUCGAAGCAUUGGACAGCCUAUUUGUGGAUGGCUGCGCCUGUAUAUUUACGUGGACCAAGUUUAUGGAAAGCCUUAAUAGUGACUUGCAAGAGUUCAACUUGCUGGCUACUGUGUUGCUUAAUGCCAAUGUGGGAUUCUUAGCAAUCCAAAGUGUCAACAGUGGGAGUGGUACGAACGACGACACUAGGUCACUAACACAAGUUGCCAGCUAUCUCUCUCUUGUCGCAAGCGGUACAGCCGCAACCGCCGCUACCUUCUUGGAGGGGAUGUCGCACAGGAAAUACGGUCAGGAAACACUUGCUAUUAUAUAUAGCCUGCCUUCUGCUCUUCUCAUGAUGCUUUUUUUCCUGGCUGCAUUUUCUAUCGAGUGCUACCAACCCCAGGACAGUCUCUCCCGCUCACUCGUUGGUAUUGCUUCGUCCGCAGUAGGCAUUCUGGUUGUAUGGUGCAUCUACUCUCUGAAGUCAGAGUGUAACGGGCGAGGUACUGGAUGGUGGAAAAUACUCCUCCCUCUGGGCAUGCAAAAACUAUAUCCAAAAUCUAUUGGCAGUAGCAGCAUCAAUAGCGGAGGGUCACAGUUGAGCCUACAUUCACAUUUACGGGAGAAAGUGGUGUCGUGGGUUAGGACUGAAAGUACUAACGCACAGGACAGAGAGAUGCAGGCCCGUCCUGAACGUGAAAUUUCCAUUCAAGUUUGA